AUGGUGCAGCAGAUCAAAAGCAAAGAGGCUGGUGCAGGAGAUAAACUUGUAGUAGCUGAUUUCUUAGCCACAUGGUGUGGGCCCUGCAAAAUGAUCAAGCCUUUCUUUCAUUCCUAUGUGAGUGACUGUCAGGAUGUCACUGCAGAAUAUGAAGUUAAAUGUAUGCCAACCUUCCAAUUUUUUAAAAAGGGGGAGAAGGUAAGGGAGUUUGCUGGUACUAAUAAGAAAAAGCUUGAAGGUACUAUUAAUAAGUUAGUCUAA